UUCCCAUCCCACACCAGCACACACUCUUCUGAACUGCUUGCUGCUUUCCUUGCAACAGUAAACUGGGGGCUGCUUUCCAACAGAUCCCAGUUAAGAUGGGCACAGCAAGGCAUGACCGAGAGAUGGCAAUCAUUGCAAAAAAAAACCUGCCCAAAAUCACUAACCCUUUAGAAAGACUUCGCAUGCAGUGUUUAGCAAGGGGAUCUGCAGGCAUCAAAGGACUUGGCAGAGCAUUUAGGAUUUUUGAUGGUAACAAUAGCAGAACCCUUGAUUUCAAUGAAUUUGUGAGAGGACUACAUCAAUACGCUGUGAUGAUCACUAAGGAAGAGGCACAAGAGGUUUUCCAGCUAUUUGAUAAAGACGGCAGUGGAACAAUUGAUUUUGAUGAAUUUCUUGUUACACUAAGACCUCCCAUGUCCAGUGCAAGAAAAGAGAUUGUCAUGCAGGCAUUUCAGAAGUUAGACAAGACUGGAAAUGGUGUCAUAACAAUUGAAGACUUACGCAGGACAUAUAAUGCAAAACAUCAUCCCAAAUACCUAAAUGGAGACUGGACAGAAGAUCAAGUUUUUAGAGCCUUUCUGGAUAAUUUUGAUUCACCCUAUGACAAAGAUGGGAAAGUCACAACAGAAGAAUUCAUGAACUACUAUGCCGGAGUCAGCGCUUCAGUAGACACAGACGUCUACUUUAUCAUCAUGAUGAAGAAUGUUUGGAAACUCUAA